AUGGAAGGAGGAGUUAUAUCAGGUGCACCUUUGUAUAUAAGAGAUGACUUCAAGUCUGUGGAUAGGGAGACUGUUCUGCAGAAUCCUUACGUUCUUCGUCUUGCUUUCUCUGCUGGCAUUGGUGGCCUCCUCUUUGGUUAUGACACAGGAGUUAUAUCAGGUGCACCUUUGUAUAUAAGAGAUGACUUCAAGUCUGUGGAUAGGGAGACUGUUCUGCAGAAAAGCAUUGUGACCGUGGCAGUUGCUGGAGCCAUCAUAGGGGCUGCCAUUGGGGGAUGGUUGAACGACAAAUACGGAUGGCGAACCGUCAUCCUCAUUGCUGAUUUCCUCUUUUUCAUUGGAGCGAUUCUUAUGGCUUUAACUCCUAAUCUCGCUCUUCUCAUUAUCGGGCGGGUUUUUUUUUCAUUGGCCUUGGGGUCGGGUACCUGGGACAUGGCGUUGGAUGGUUGGAGUCGCCGGACUACAGCUAUCCUGCAAUUCGUGCUGAUGCUGCUCCUCCCUGAAUCACCUCGUUGGCUUUACAGAAAGGGAAGAGAAGAGGAAACGAAAACGAUACUAAGAAAGAUUUAUCCAUCCGAAGAGGUUGGCAUUGAGAUACAGGCUCUCAAGGAAUCAGUCGAGAAAGAGGCACUGGAAAAAGAAUCAUCUGAGAAUAUAAGCUUCAUUAAACUAAUACAAACAACAACAGUUCGAAGAGGACUCAUAGCCGGUGUAGGUCUUCAGAUCUUCCAGCAGUUUGUCGGAAUAAACACUAUGAUGUAUUAUAGUCCCACCAUAGUUCAAUUGGCUGGUUUUGCAUCUAACCAAACAGCACUUCUCCUUUUGCUUCUUACUGCUAAACGCUUUUGGCUCGAUUCAAACUCUUCUGGUACAGCAUCAGUUCAAGAGGCUGAGUAUGAGAUAAGUAGAGAAAUUGAAAGUGAAAGUGCGGCAGAGACAUCCCACUUCACUCCAUACACGUGCCCCGACUAUCGUUCAUCCGGAUCCUCGACUACUUGGAACUGCAUGAAGUGUUUAAAAGCUUCUUCUCCAAGUUGUGGAUUUUGCUCAUCUUCUGAAAAUAAGGCACAAAAUUCAGCUGUUUCCAGGGGCCUGUCUGAUUUCAAACAACACAGUUAA